UUUUAAAAAUCAUUGCAGCAAAGCUGUAGCGAAGCAAGGAAGGGAGGGGAGUGAGUGAACUCAGAACAGAAAAUUCCAAUCAAUCAAUGAUUGAUCGAUCGUUCAAUCAAUCAAUCAAUCACCCAAUUUGAUUUCGCAAUUAAGAAAUACUAAUUAAUCAAUGGCUAGCAGUAAUCACAGCAGAGGAGGAGGAGGACAACGACGAGAAGAAGAGCAGCUCGAGAAAAUGGCAGAGUUAAGCAAAACCCUAAAAGAAGGAGAGAGAAUUGUAGCUCCCACCCGACGACCCGAUGGUACUCUACGAAAACCCAUUCGGAUUCGCGCUGGUUAUGUACCUCAAGACGAAGUCGCCAUCUACCAAUCUAAAGGCGCUCUGUUGAAAAAGGAGAUGCAAUCUCAGGUAGUGCCUCCAGGUUAUGACCCAGAUCUGGAUGUAAAGCCUAAGACGAAAUCAGUAAAGAGGAAUGAACGAAAGAAGGAGAAGAGGUUACAGGCUGCACUUGAAAAGGGUAAGAACGUGGAAGCAAUGGCAGAUGGCAAUAUGGAAAAUGAAGAACCUGCUGAAGAUGUAGGUCACACUUCAGAAUCUGUCAAGUCAUUGACAUCUCUAAUGAAUGAGCUGGCUGUUUCUGCAAAUCCUAUCAUUAGUACUCCUCCUGCAGACUUGACAGAGGCUUCAGAUCCAAGUGCUCCAUCUCAAGAUAUUGAAAAAAGAAUUCGUGCACUUAAAAAGAAGAUUCGAAUUGCAGAAGGUCAGCAGCAGAAAACUGCACCAGAGGAUAUGAAGCCAGAGCAGUUGGAGAAGUUGGCAAAAGUGGAAAGCUGGCGCCAGGAGCUAAAGCUUUUAGAGGGUGAAAAGGCUGAACGAACAACGUCAUGAAUGGGGUUUGUUCUAUGGUGAACUAACUGUGUUGAUGAAGCUGUAUAACUCUGCACUGUGGACUCGAAAUUCUUUGUCCCGAUUUUCCUAACUAUGAUUCAUGAGUUUUUUUUUUU